AUGACCUACGAACGCCAACGCGCAAUCGAAUCCUACGGCUGGACAUCCGUCCCCGCCUCUCUCUCCAAGCUCAUCCAAUCCUCCCCUUCAGCCUCUAACCCCGCUUUCGCGCUCCAACUAUCCGAUCUCCCCUUCCCUACAUCCUCCCUCGUAAAGAGCGUUCAGGAAUACGCACGCAGUGAAUUACCACAAGAAACCUUCCACCACUCUAUGCGCGUCUACCACUACGGCGUCGCGAUUCUCACGCACGCAUUCCCAAACUGGACAUCGAUCAACCCCUCGAGUAAAUUUCUCGAAAGCUACGCGCUCACGGCGCUUCUGCACGAUAUCGGAACCGUGCCGAGACAUUUGCAGGAGACGCUUAUGAGUUUCGAUCUCUACGGGGGUUUUAUUGCAGAUGGGGUGUUGAGGGAUGCGGGGGCGGCGAGAGAACAGCGGGAAUUGGUUGUGGAGGGGAUUAUUCGACAUCAGGAUUUGGGAGAGGUGGGGACGCAGACGAGGGUUGGGGGGUUGGUGCAGUUGGCGACGGUGUUUGAUAAUAUGGGGCAGAAUGCGCAGUUGGUGCACGAGGGGACGAUUGAGAAUGUGGUGAGGGAGUGGCCGAGAUUGGGGUGGAGUAAAUGUUUUUCGCACACCAUCGAGCAGGAGAAUGCUUUGAAACCAUGGGCUCAUUCGACACAUUUGGGAGUGAGGGAUUUCCCCGAUGGAGUGUUGGGGAAUAAGUUGAUGGAGAAGUGGGACUGA